AUGCAGACGAGAAACACAGAGGACCUCCCCCCGAAGAGCCUCAUCCCGAGCCGUCUAAACCAAGGAACCGAUGAUCCUUUCAUAUGGUUGGCCUAUUCAGGCCCUGUCCUGCUUCUAAGGUCGUAUGAUAUAUCUCAAGUCAGCAUCGCUGCUCGCUUCAUUAUGAAAAUUCCGCGAAACUGGCACCCAUUUGCUCAACUGGGAAAGAUCCAACCCUGGCACCAUAACGAUGGCAUUGUGCGUGCGCCUCAAUGGCCGACGACGCUGUAUUCAACGGUUUUGCAGGUUCUCCAGCACCACGGCUCUUUCUGCUUUCCGAGGGAUGUAUAUAUUCUGACGCUGAAACCCGGCGCUAGGGUUGUCUCCCUCUUUCUUCACUCCUCCACAUCUGUCUCCCGCUCGUCUGCCUCAACAUCUCUUGGCAACAGAAAUGUCGCUUUCCUCUGGGACUUUGGUAGCCUCGCAGGGCCUGCCCUCUCUUCACCCAAGCCGUUCUUCAUCCUGCGUAGAUAUACUGACGUCGCUCUUCUAGGGACGAUGCCAGUUCUUCCCAAACUCUUUUGGACGACCAAAUAUCAUCCCGCGCUGCACUUCGCUCUCGAUUCCGUUCACAUGGGCGCGCAAUUCAAUAACUACGGGUUUACUCCGAUCUUCGAUCCAUCUGAUUUUGAGCCUCGACUAUCGAGGGGAAUGAUCCAUGGACUGCAUACGCGAUGCGCCAUCAAUCCGAUGAAGACUGAAACGUACAAAUUGACAACCCACAAACCUACCUGCGAAAUUAUCGCGACCAGCUUCAGUCCAUAUCGCAGUUUCCAACAUUGGGCAUUUUGCAAGCACGGAGCUGGGGCCGCAGGGCUCGGUCACGUGAAAAUAUACGAGGUCGAAGGAUGGCUCAUGCUUUUGGUGGUGUCUUAUAAUAUAGAGGUGCUCGUUAUUGGGAAGGUUUGGCGUUUGGUUACCCGGCUCAGGGAUCUUAGGGGGGCCAAUCCCCUUACGAUCCCUAGCAGUCACCAACACCCUUUUCGGAAGAAACUUAAUUUGAUAGCGAUCCUUAGAACUCCUUCGACUUCUUUUUCUACAGAAACCUCCCGGCUCUCCGCUUCCAGCUGCGAUUGCGAAAUUCGACGACAAGAGCUAAUUAAUUUUGCCAGGACGAGGUUGCUCCUCAUGGCGGCGUGUCUCGACUCAGCUGGGUUGGACCGCCUUUCCUUGCUGCAUCGCACAAUUAUUUCUUCCCCGGGCCUUAGUUCUUGUUUGCUAGGAAGUUGGCAACCCGGCCUGCUAGUGCCGAAGCGCGGGGCCUCACAUCAGCUCUCGAAGUCCGACCUCAAAUCAGAUACUUACAUUGCCGACUUAGGCGCAAUGGUAAUGGAUGAUUCUUGCAGCAUGCUGUCUUCGAGGCUGAAUUGGUUUGCAAUCCACCUUCCACAUCCACCUUCCGCAUCCACCUUCCGCAUCGACUUUCCGCAUCCAUUUAUUCUCUUCAAAUGCACAGUUUCUCUGACCAAGGAUCACAGAAACGUGCAAGCUGAUAUUGUACGGAGGCAAAAUCAAUCCCUUAAGACACCGAGUAACCAUCCGCAGGCCCGAAGAAACCCCUCUUGGAACCGAGUAGCUUUUUUCCUUGGUUUUAGGAUCAAGAUCAGUGCCGCAACCUUACCUCAGCAACUCUCUCAAUUCAACGAGAGCUUCCAUAGACGCGUGACAAGAGACAUGCAUGCUGCACUGGGCCUGCUAACACACUCCAGAAACCAUUUGCCUUCUGUUCUCCUGCUCACAAUAUGUGGCGCGGAAUGGAAAGCAUCAACGGGGAGGAAAGGAUGUAUCAAACUGUAUCACAACCGGCUCUAUAGAUAUAAAAAUGUUGACUGCUCUCUGCUUGUCCUUGCCGACUCUCAAUUUACCACCAGAAGUAUAGCUUUGAUACGAUUAUUUGCUUCUUUCUAUUUUGUAUUCAACCUUAUUUGGAAACUAUUCCUCGCUGCUCUUCCCGGGAAAGAUUUUAUUUCCCUAUUUCAACUUUUUCCAGCAAAUAGCAAAGCACCUGACAAGCUAGCUUGCAAUAUUCAUCAUAAGUAUGGUCCCACCGCCCACAUACCUGUGGCUACUGACCCCUUUACUACAGUACUGAUCUACCAAGGCAACCUCGUGGACCUCCACGGAAUUGGAUCCCAGUUUGUGGGGCAGCCUUCCACGCCUCAAAGUGAAUGGCUUACACAGGCGGAACAACUUCCCAAUAGUGGAUCGAGACCGAAAACGACGCAUGCAACUUCUCAUGUCGCGAAGAAGUGCUCUAUAUCUGGAAAUGAAGAUCCUUGCAAGUGCAGAAAGAGUAAUGGUUGGUUGAAGGAAACAUACAGGGAACGUGGCAACAAUUCGGAUGCCAUGAAUCUCGAAGACUGA